AUGCCUACACCACUUCCUUCGAGUUUUGCCUCCGCUGCGGCUGGUAACACCCAGGACGCAAGCCGGAGAGGGGAUGGGAGCUCCGGUGGAGAAUGGUAUGCAAAUACAGCCCUACCUUCCGGCGCCCCUCGGUGGCUACAAACCCUUCGCACACUCGGGAGAGUAGCCAGCUUGCGUCUGCCUCGACAUCCACUGCCUCCGGGACCUAUAUUCCCCCCCCACAUGAGCUCAAAUACGCUGUCUGGUGCGCUGCGGAACGGGGAAGCCCGAUACUCCAAGGAGCAACUCCUAGACAUGUAUCGGGCGCAACGGGAGGCGGGAUCCUUGAGUAAGCACGUGGAGGACUACUUUGUGGCUGACUGGGAUCCUCACACCGUGUCAGCCCCCGUGAAUGGGGCGUGGGGAAAGCGGGAUGACCACAAGGCCUCCGCAGGGCCCGAGGUGUGUUGGGACCAUGGCGGGCAGGCGGAGCCUUUGGGAUUGACUGAUAUGUCGGAUGGCGAGAAGGAGUUGUUUUCUGCCUCGGUCAAUUCCCCUCUGAAGCCGCCACCCACGAACGCCGCGAAGGAAACUACAGGCACAGGAACUGGAGGUCGUAAAUCGUCGAUCUCUUACACUCAGGGUCACAUAAAUAACUACAGCACCUCCUCCCCGAACGCUGCCCGCCCGGGCGCUCGUCGCCGGGAAACUGGAGACUCGACGGGCAACCCUAUGUCCCCUACCGGAACCAACACUCGUUUCUUCCGCGAUGAAGCCAAUACCUCUACUCCUCCUCCGUCUCUCCUCCGUCGCAAGACCGAUUUCCGUGAACCGAAUGACAAAGACGACAAGGCAAAGGAGGGUGCCCCCGAAGCUGCUUCUCCUUUCGGCACCUUGAAACGCAGCUCCACCAAUCCUUUGAAUACGACCAUGGGGGGACCCAGCUCGCCCUGGGGCUCUGCGUCGGCUUCGCACAAUGCUAACUUCUCCCCUAUGGGUGCCUUCGGUGCAUUCUCGUUGGGGUCGAACACCGCGCCGACUCCCACAGCGGAAAAGAAACCUGGGUUUGGAAGUCUUCGCGGAGAAAGCAGAUUCAAGGGUCUUCUUUCGAAGGACAGUUCGGAAGACAUUGCGGCCUAUGCGAAGGACAAGUCUCUGGGCAACCUUGAGCGACUCGCUGAAGACGACAGUGAUAAGCGUUCGCAGUCGCCAUGGGGAGACGCAGUCAAGACGCGUGCUAGCCGAAGUGAGACGAAUCCGUUUGAUGAGCCUCGUAGCGGCAGUGCUGCUCUUGGCGGUUCUCAAGAUGUCGAGGCUCCGCUUCAGGCUGACCUGGGAUUCGGCGCUUUUGGCAUGACCUCCAGCAUCCCAGGUUUCCGCGAGCUGAUGCAAAGUCAAGAAAAUUCCCGGAACCCCACUCCCAGCCUACUCCAGGGACAUGAGCCCACCAGCCCGACCAACACGAACCCUUACCAAAGCCCCCACGGGGAUCGCACUGCAGACGCGGAGGAUGUGGACACCGACGGAUCGGAGAUUCAGCACCCGCAGCACGCCGGCCUCAGUGGACUGCGCGACCCCUCCAACCCAUUUGGAUCGAUGAGACGUGUCGGUUCGGGCAUGGAUCUUCCAACGGUUGACCGCAGUCAGAACUCCAGUGCUAAUGCGAAUCGACCCUUCUCGGGUCUCGGUGGCUUGGGUGGUCUUUCGGGCCUUGGCGGGGCUUCUGGUUGGCCUUCGAGCGAUGCCAUCGGUACCCCGACCCGUGAGCGUUCAGCCUUUGCGGCUGGCUUCGGCGAUCCUAUCUUUGGUUCGAUGGGUGGUCUACAGUCUCCAAGCCUCUCUACGCUUGGAGGUGGCAGUCUCUUUAGCCCGCAUGCCGGUCUCUCUGGUACGGCCAGCAUCGGUCGGUCAAGCAAACUAGGCGCUCUCUUUUCUGGAAUGGCCGAGGAACAAGGCCGUCCGGAUUCUGUGGGCUUUGAACAAGUCGAUCUUCAGCAAGCGGAGAAGGCCGGGCAGGCAGGCAAGCCUGACUCCAACUCUGCUUCUCAGACCCCUGUCUCCGCUGUUGGCUCUCUCCCUGCCAAUCUCACCCACGACCCAGCACAGGUUCCCACUCCAGGUGGGGCUGUUUCGGCUGCCCAGCAACGGACUAUGGUCAUGCCGGAUCGGAUGCGCUGGAUCUACCGCGACCCGCAGGGCAACAUCCAAGGCCCGUGGACCGGUCUUGAGAUGCACGAUUGGUUCAAGGCUGGAUUCUUUAGCCCCGACUUGCAAAUCAAGAAACUGGAGGACGGGGAAUUUGAACCAUUGGCUCAGCUGGUUCGUCGCAUUGGCAACUCCCGCGAACCAUUCCUUGUUCCCCAGAUCGGCAUCCCCCAUGGCCCGGAGCCUACCUCCGCCCAGUGGACUGGUACUACCCAGGGAUCUGCUCAGCCUCCGUUUCCCGGCAGCUUCCCCAGCUUCGGUACGACCUUGACUGCUGAGCAGCAGAAUGCGCUUGAGCGACGAAAGCAGGAGGAACAGUAUCUGAUGGCCCGACAGAAGGAGCACCUUGCUCAGCAGCAGGCUAUUAUGAAGCAGAUGCAGGUUCCUGGUGCUCCUCCCUCCCUGCAGCCUCAGCUCCAGCACCAAUCCAGUGCCCACAGUCUCCACAGCCAGCCUAGCUUCGGCAGCAUCACUUCUCCUGCCGCUUAUCAACCUUCUCCGAUCCAAGCUCCCAUGCAAGGACAGCAGCAAUCUCAGGGUCUACCCGGUUUCUUCGAUGCCGCUGCCUCCCUCCGACAGGGCGGACUGCCUGGACCUGGAAUGCUUGGAACCGAACUUGGUAGCCAAGAUCAACUCCCUGCCCUUCUUGAGCGUCUGAGUGUCGGUCGCCAGGAUCCGUUCGCUUUUGGUGCCGCUGGUUCCUUCUCUGGACGCCAGCCGGAUGGCUUCCUCCAUUCCCAGCAGGUAGCGUCGAUGCUUCAAGACCGCGCUCAACUGCAACAAGAGCAAGAAGAAUUUAAUCAGGCCAACCCCGAUGAUCCCUUUGACCAGCAGGCUCGUGAGGAGCGCCUGCGUCAGUUCCAUGCCUUGAGGGCUCAAGAGGGAGAGCUGGGCAUGCGCACCGCCGAGGGACUUCCUACACACCCCGCCGCUGCCCUGGAGACCGAUACCGAGACCAUGACAACCGAAGUCAUGAAUGAACUGGAGACCGGUGCCGCGGAGCCCGCUCUUACGCUGUCACAGCAGGUCCAGAAGGCUGCAUCUGCCCAGCGUCAGCAACAAGAGGAGCAAGAGCAACAGAUCCAGGUUGCCCCCGAAUCCGUUUGGGGUCCUAAGAUUGAUCAUGCUAUGCCGCAGCCCUUCCCUCCGCCUCCCUCUGCGUCUCCUCUGCCUGCCCCCGCCGCUCAGCGCAACCGCCAGAAUGUGGCCGAGUCUCUGGCUGCUGGCUCCCGUUCCCAGACUCAAACUCCUGUUGACGCUGCCCCCACUUCCGUUGCGCCAUGGGCCAAGGAUGCUAACGAGCUGCCCAAGGGUCCCUCUCUGAAGGAGAUCCAGGAGGCCGAGGCUCGCAAGGCUGCCCAGCGGGAGGAGGUUGCCGCUGCCGCUCGUCGUGCCCAGCUCCUUGCGGAACACGAGCGUCUCAGCCAGGCUCAGGCCCAAGUUGUCCCUGGCCUGCCCUCGUCGGCCAACUGGGCUAGCUCUGGAUCUCCUGCUACGCCCUCUUCUGCUGGUUCGCCGUGGAACACCAAGAGCCAGCCGGUCCCGACCACCUCUGCCGCGAAAAAGACGCUUGCUCAAAUCCAGAAGGAAGAAGAGGCUCGCAAGCAGCGCCUGGCGGUUGCCGCCGCCGCCGCUGCUCAGACGGCUACUCCUAGCCCUCCUGCGUCUGCCACCAAGCGUUACGCCGACCUUGCCAGCAAGGCCCCGGCCCCUGCUAUCCCCACCGCGCCCGCUGCUGUGGCUUCCUCCGGUGCCUGGACCACCGUCGGGGCUGGCGGCAGGGCUAAGGCUCCCCCCACCGCCCCCCUUGGCCCUCGCACCGCUAGCGGAACCGUUCCCCUUGCUCCUGCCGCUGUCGCUAAGCCCCGCCCUACCAUCGCGACUCGCACUGUGACUGCUGGUAGCGUCCCGCAGUCCAACCCUAACCGCGCCGUCGAGGAGUUCACUAAGUGGGCCAAAUUGUCCCUGGGCAAGGGCCUGAACAGCAACAUUAACGUGGACGACUUCGUUCAGCAACUCCUCUUUCUGCCGGCCGAGGCCGAAAUCAUCUCCGACUCCGUCUACGCCAACUCCCAGACCUUGGACGGCCGUCGCUUCGCCGAGGAAUUCAUCCGUCGCCGCAAGCUCGCGGACAAGGGUGUUGUCGAUCCUGUCUCCCCCAGCGCCUUUGCCGACCAGAAGAACGGCGGUGGCUGGUCCGAGGUGGCCAAGAAGGGCUCGACGGCCGGCAUUACUUCGUCUCAGCAGCGGGAGGAGGAAGACAGCAGUGCCGCGUUUAAGGUCGUUGCUCCCCGCAAGAAGGGCAAGCGGUAA